AGGAGCUAAGUCUCUCACUGCUCUGAGUUUGUCAGUGUCAUUUCCUAAAGAUAACGGAGCCGUGCCCGGAGACACUUUAUAGAAAACUAUCCGUAUUUCCAAGAUCGUCGGGAGGCCCUAUGGCAAGCCAUGCCAAACUGAUGCUGGAGUAACAGAGCUGACGUGGGACUAUGUGUUAAGGAUAGUCUGAACUCUUGACUACUUGGAGCCCACUGAUAUUCUUCUUUGGCUAUUAGAGAAAGUUGUUUUGGCAAUGGGGAGGAAGAAGAUCCAGAUCACCCGGAUUGUAGAUGAGCGGAACCGCCAGGUGACAUUCAUGAAGAGGAAGUUUGGAUUGAUGAAGAAGGCCUAUGAGCUGAGUGUCCUGUGUGACUGUGAAAUUGCCCUCAUCAUUUUCAACAGCUCCAACAAGCUGUUCCAGUAUGCCAGCACCGACAUGGACAAAGUCCUACUGAAAUACACCGAGUACAACGAACCCCACGAGAGCAGAACCAACUCUGACAUUGUAGAGGCCCUGAACAAGAAGGAGCACAGAGGCUGCGACAGCCCUGAUGGUGAUGCCUCAUACAUCCUCACCCCCAAUACUGAGGAGAAAUACAAAAAGAUUAAUGAAGAGUUUGACAACAUGAUGAAGAGUCAUAAAAUUACCACAGGCCAUCCACAGCAGAACUUCAUGCAUGUAGCACCAGGCAGCAUGCAGUACAACCCCGGUGCAGGAGGAGGAGGAGCGACCUCCCAAGCUCUAGCUGCAGCCACAGCAGCUCUAGCUGACAGUGGGAUCCUCUCCUCGCCUCAUACACACCUCCACCGAAACGUAAACCCUUCACAAAGACCUCCCAGCGCAGGAAACACAGGUGGCCUGCAGGGCAGUUCUGAUCUGGCUCUGCAAAAUGGGUCUGCUCCAGUUGUGAAUGGUUUUGUGGGCUCAUCUGGUGGAAGCAGUUUGGGGAAGGUCAUACCAUCCAAAUCUCCUCCUCUUCCACCUCCUGGGAACAGCCUGGUCCCUACCAGCCGCAAGACAGACCUCCGAGUGGUCAUCCCUCAGUCCAAAGGACUUAUGCAAACACUUAGUAACCAGAGGCUGAGCAGCAGUCAGUCCAGCCAGCCUCUCUCCACCCCAGUGGUCUCCAUCACCACACCCAGUCAGCCUCACCAUAGUCUGGUCUACUCCGGCAUCAGCUCUGCCUACAACAAUGAGUACUCCCUGAACAGUGCAGAGCUGUCAGGCUUCAGCCCCCCUGCAGGCUCCUCUCUGGGCUCCAUGGCGGCAUGGCAGCUACACCAGCUGGGCUCACUGGGGUCCGGGAGCUCCAAUCUCUCCAUCAACACCAACCACAACAUCAACAUCAAAGCUGAGCCUAUCUCCCCACCCCGCAACCACCUCAGCCAAUCAGGGUACAUGAGUCACGCUCAUGUCCCUCCUCAUCCUCACUCCUCCACCUCCUCAUCCACCAGAGCAGAGAUGGGGAGGUCUCCUGCAGACAGCGUUGGCUCCUCCUGCAGCUCCCACGAGGGUGGCAGCGACCGGGAGGAGCCACAGCAGCAGCGGUUGGACUUCCACUCGCUUCCUGUGAGACGGUCAGAGGGCGGGGAGAGUCCCACGGUCAAACGAAUGCGAAUGGACAGCUGGGUGACAUAAACCCUACAGUCACAUGGCGACACAACACCAGGGCAAACACAGGAAGGACACUGUUAUGCAAAUGAAAUGUGGAUUUUAUUGAUGUGUUCUGUUAUUUUUCAUUAAGCUAUCUCUGUUUUGUUUUUGGUGGUCAGAUUUUUUAGAAGAGUUGAGCAAAAUUGGUCUGAACAUUGUGGAUCUGUCAGAAUCAUCUCAUCUAAUCUUCUGUCGUCCUUAAAACAUAACAUGCCGUCCUUUUGAAAUAUAAAUCAUUUAAGCAUCACAGACCGAUAAUGUGGGUCCAAUUGCAGUACAGUCUGUCACUUUCUUAUCCAGUGGGAUGCAGUACUGUACACAGAAGAAUAAAAAAAAAGGCGAGACUAGUGUUGUCUGUCAGCCUUGUGGCUUCAUUAUUUGGGCAGUAAAGCAGUGAAGUGCUUCUGGAUGUCUCCCACUGGGUGUCACUCAAUUCACAUCUGAUAUUCUCAGGGUUUGAAACAUUAAAUGAGUCCAAAAUGAAAGCAAUACUCCAUCCACAUAAUCCCUGUUACUCCCCUUUAUAGAAAACACUUAUUUAUAUCAGCCAAUGCAGUAUGCUGUUCUUAUGUUGUUUGUGUGUGUUUUUAUAUUGUGCACAGAAUAAGACAAUAUUUCAUUCAGAUUUAAAACUGAAAGCCAUGGACACUUGUUCUGUAUGUACUUCCAAAAUAUGUCUUUAUUGUUUUGUAUAUACUAUCUUUAAUAUAUAUCACUUUUGGCGUAACUGUGUAUUUUUGUGGAUGAUUGCCAUAAUUGCAAGGCACUGUCCUUUUCUUUCUCAUCAAGUGUCUGUUGGAUAAAUCUGUUUUGUGAAGUA